AUGGCUCGUGGUGCUCAGAAGGAACAAGCCAGACAAAAAGCCCAAAAGGAAGCUCAAAAGAAAGCAAAAUCAGGCUCCCAGUUGGCCGCUCGUGCGGCGGGUUUGCAGAUCAAGUGUCCCAAGUGCUUUGCUGCCAUGGCCAACUACAAGCUCUUGGUGCAGCAUAUGGAAGCCAAACAUCCCAAGGAUGCUAUUCCCCCAGAGAGCAGUUUCAGCUCUUAG